AUGGCUCAACAACAAACAUUCAAUGCCUCAACGCCCCUCUUGAUCCAUGCAACAACAACAACAACAACCACCCAUAGAGGUAGUAGCAGCAUUAACAACAACGCGGCAUCAUCCUCACCAACCACCACGAACACUACUAGGAAUAUGAAUGAACAACAAUUACUCUCCACAAGAUCAUCGGGUGUGGUACCUCCUCUUCCUAUCGUUGGGUCUAGCCAUCACCACCAUCAUCAUGAAGAGUCCAACAACAAGAAAUAUCCAUCAGAAUCUGGUACAAUAGAUACCUAUGAUCAUCAUGAUAGUUUUAGUGAUUUAUCGGAAGAAGAUCCAGCUCAGAGUUCAGCUCUGAAAAAACAACCCAUCAGUAGAGCCCAGAAUUUAUUUCAUGUGGUGAAGAGCUCAAUUGGAUGGCUCGCGUUCAGUAUUGUGUUUAAUGUUUUGAAUACGAUUGUAUACUCAGCUUUAUAUCCGAAAAUUCUACAUAAUGUUUCAGUGAAUGGAGGUUCUGACUACUCCACAGCGUUUUCAAUUACGAAUACUGUAACAACGUUAGCCAGUGCUCUUUCAUUACCUAUUCUCGGAUCUUUGGUGGAUAACAUGAAAAUUAUUAGGGCCUCCAUGUUGGUGACCAUGUAUUUGGGGAUUAUUGCUACGAUAGGGUUGUUUUUUACGGACAAGUUACCAAAUGCAACAAGUGAGGACAUGACCACACAUUUAGCAAUUUGUGAGGUUGUGUAUAUUCUUGCCAUGUUCUUUUUGAGAUUUUCUGUCAUGAAUAAUAAUGCAUUGUUGCCAAGUUUUGACAAGAAGAAUAUGAUGAUUUUAAGUUUGUCAGGCAAUUUUAUUGGAUUUGGAGUGAACUUGUUGGGAUUAUUGAUUUUAGCAUUCACACCAAAAAGUGUAUUUUCUGGAGAUAUUUGGGAAAUUACACGAGAAAACUGGUGGGUCCUUGUAUUCACUUGUUUCACAAUUUUAGUUUCGUUUUUUGUGUUUUUGAGUCCAAAUGGUGUGGACCGAGUGACGCUAAAUCCAGAGACAGAACUCAAUUCUUCCUCUAUCAUUGUGAAAAAGAAAUUAGAGGUUCCUCAAAUUUUCAAUCGAUUACCCAAACCUCUCAGAGGAUUAGGAAAAAUUGUUGCCGUUUGUAAGAACUCGUUUAUGGCUCUUUCUGAGACAUUUGUGAAUUGGAGAACAAACACACAGUACUACCAUUGCUGGAUUUUCCUUCUUUCGUAUUUAUUCUUUUCCACAGCUGGAACUGUUGUGACUAUUUAUUUAGGACCACUGUUUAUUGAUAUUUAUCACUUUUCAUUGGAACAAGAAGUGUUAUUGAAUCUUUAUUUUAAAGUUGCCAUGGUAGGAGGCGUUAUUGGAGGUGUUAUUUUUGAGCGAUUAUUCAAAUUUAAUGACAUUUAUGUGUUGGCAGCACAAAACUCGUUAUUUGGUGCAUUUACACUUUCCAUUUUUGUUACCAUCUCCCUAAAAGUCAAUCGAUAUGCAGUUCUUGCGCAAUUCCUUCUCGUAGGAUUUUUAUAUGCUUGGAAUGCAAGUGUGGCACGUGGUCUCAUGAGCAAAUUGAUUCCAGUCAAUAAGAAGUGUGAAUUUAUGGGAUUUUUCUCAACCUUCACGUACUUGGGAAUUUCCAUCACGAGUGGAAUCUAUGCCUUGCUGAGCAAGUUACAACUUCCUUCUCACACCUUGCUGUUGAUUUUAUUCAUUUGGCUCAUACCAGCCUUCUUGUUUUUGGCUAUUUUGAAGCAAUCCCUCGAUAAACAUGCAGACAAGAAAUAA